ACGAAUCACGAUCCACAACCCGGCCCCUCCACCCCAACCCCCGGCAUGGAAGCCGACCGCGUUUUCGCCGGAGCCAUCCGGAAAAUCCAGUCGCGCCGAAGCCAAAUCGACCGCCGACGGACCCGUCUUGAUCAAGAGCGCCAGCGUCUCUUGGAUAAGCAAUCGGAGCUCCGCGGCCGUACCGAAAAGGGUGUAGCCAUAGGAGCCUCGGGCAAUCUUGAAGCUCGACGUAUCAAGAGCGAACUCCAAGAUCUCGAGAAAAAGUACACCCGUCUCAACCACGAGGAGGCAGAUCUCCGCAGGGAAGAGCGCGACAUCGACCUCCACCUCGGCGCUUGUCCCGCCGGCCAUACACCGUCCUCUUCGCGUGAAACUAGGUCAACUGGAUCUGCAACUCAUGUGCGGCAGAGUGUUUUGUAUUCGGUCCGAAGGGGACCUCGAGGCAGAAAAGGACGACCGGUGGAGGAGCAUACCGGUGAGGUGAGCAGCAGUGAGCUUGAACAUACAAGUACAGACGUGUCACAGUUCGAUGCCCUGCCGCUGAAUACCACAUCUCCUACACUUAAAUCAGCUGAUAGGCCAACUGGAUCUAAAACUCAUGUGCGACAGAGUGUUCUGUAUUCAGUCCGAAGGGGACCUCGAGGCAGAAAAGGACGACUGGUGGAUGAGCAUACCCAUGAGGUGAGCAGCAGUGAGCUUGAACAUACAAGUACAGACCUGUCUCAGUUCGACGCCCUGCCGCUGAUUAGCCCACCUCCUACACUUCAAUCAGCUGAUAGGGUUGAGGAACAUUCUACCAAGGCGAGAAGCUGUGAGCCUGGCGGUACAAGUGCGGACCUGUCAAAGUUGAGGGCAUUUCGCUGAAUGUCACACCUCCUGCAUAUGAAUCAACUGAUGGGGUUGUGGUGCAUGCCAGCAACAUAGACAGCAGUGCGCUUGAUUCUACAAAUGCGAAGCAACCAGCUGUUCAGGAAGCAUUAUCCUUGAAGUCAGAAGAAACGUGGCGGGAAAUAAAUGAAUACCUUGCUGAGCAUACAUAUAGUGACAUCUGGGAGGCCUUGGUUGCUGUGAAAAAUGGCUUCUGCGACCCACCCAAAAAGGUUUCCUACCCCAACAAACAGUCAUCAGAAAAGCUUGCGUUACCUGAUUCACCAGAGUCUCCACAUCGAUUGGAUGCUCAAUCCUUUCAGACAAAAAUACAUUCGCAUACAUGGAUGUUCCUGUCAGAAGAAGCACCUGACUUAUGCACCUUGCAAGUCCCUAUGGUGUGGAGAAUCUACAGAACAAAUCACUAAAAACGGGAAACUAUGGAUGGAGAAGGAAGUCAUGAAGGCUUUUAAGAAGUGCAUCAUAGUAAAGGAGGGAUUGACUGGUGUGGACUUUGAACUAGAUGAGCUUCUGCAUCAGUGUUUCAGUGUGGAGACAUAUGACAAGAUCUUCCACCACUAUAUAUAACUUUACGGUGAAGAUCAAGAAAGUUGGUUCAGACAAGUGGGCAUCAUCAACUCUCUAUUUUGCGCAAGUGAAGGAAAUGUAUGGUCAAAAGUUUUACUUCUGUUACCCACUGGAUCCAAAUGAAGAUGGUAUCUGUUACGCAUGCCAGAAUCAGGGGAUGAAUGCAUUGCAGCACCCUGCUGUUCCUAUCGGAUACGAGACUGGCCGGCCUGAUGCGGGAUGUCCCUUUGUUGAUGACGACUCUGAUGAUGGUGGUAUAGGAGACAAUGACGCGUGUGUGCGGGCCUUUGAACAGGUCUUCUGCAACGGACGGUGUCUGUAACAGUGAAUUAUUUUUUCAUGUUAGAAGCAACGGUGACUAGCAUGUGCUUGGGUUGUGCAAACACCUCCAAUCGCCA